CCUGAAUUGUACGGGCAAACUAAAUUAUUCCGGAGUACACAAGGCAACAUGACCGAUCUGGCUUCACCGAUGGAAACUGUGACAAUUCAGGAGGAGAUCUCAACCUUGUGUGAGAGUGAUUCUAUUCCCUCUGAUGUAUUAGUUCAGAGGCAGCUUCAGGACAUCAUACUUACUCAAAAGUCAGUCAUAGAAAGAUUAAGCGAAGAUGUUUCACUGCAGGAGACAUCACUUAGAGAGAGCUUUCUGUCUAGAGACACAUAUGAAGAGGACCUUCGAAAACUUGAGCGAUCUGUUCAAGAAGAUUAUGUACACAAAGAAGAUUAUAUACAGCUCGAGUCUCAACUAGAGGAAGAAAGAAAAGAGCAUGCCAAGACUCGGACAGAACUCAAUGAAGUCACAGAUCGAUUGGAAUUUGCUUUGGGAGAAAUUGAAAUUUUAACCAAACAGUUGGCUAGGGAAAAAGAGGCAUUCCAAAGAGCAUUUGGUGAUGUAAGAUCUAAAGCUAUGAAAGAAACCUCAAAGAACAUCAAAUUAGAAUCAAAGUGUUCAGAAAUAAGUAAAAAGGUGGAACAUCAAGAACAAGAUUUGAACAAGAAGAAAGAGGCAUUACAGAAACUAGAGAAAAAGUUACGAGAGAAAGAAAUCGAGCACAAAAAACAGCUGACGGAAGUGGAGAUCGAGAGGAAGCAGGAACAGUAUAUCAACCGACUGAUGGAGGAACAAGACCAGAAAAAGAAAACACGAGAUCGACUGCUCGCUGUCCCAAAAACCAAGAGAUGAUGACUAUAUUUUCAGCUCAUAUUAGUGCCUACAAUCAAAACAAGAAAGUAAAAGGGUAGAUCCUAGUCCGUCCAUAAUGAUUUACUGCAGUAGAAUGUGUGCAGUAUUAAUGUAUUGAAGUAAAUACUUAUUUACUUUUAUAUCUACUUUGCACUAUGCAGAUAGAAAACGUAUAUUUUUCAGAAUACAUAGAUUUAAAUGUAUUUUGAAAUACUUUAUCAUACCAUAUACAUAUGUUUAUGUACAACCAACCAGGUAAAUGUACUGUGUUAAAUAAGUAAAUUCCUCAAGAUUGUUGUUAUCUUAGUAGAUAAACUAGAUCCAUGUAAUAUGGACUGUUAAUAGUUAAUGUGAUUUUUGAUAUUGUGUAAUGCUGAGGUUAUCUUGCAUUUUUAUACUUAUUUUAAAUUUUAGACAGAAAAAAUAAUUUUACAUACAA